AUGCGCUAUGUGGCAGCCUACCUCCUGGUCGUCCUUGGUGGCAACAAUUCCCCCAACUCCAAGGACCCGAAGAAGAUCUUGGACAGCGUGGGCAUCGAGACAGACGAGGAGCGGCUGAAGAAGGUCAUCAAUGAGCUGAGUGGCAAGAACAUAGAAGAUGUGAUCACCCAGGGGAGCAGUAAGCUGGCCUCCAUGCCCACCAGGGGUGCUGUCACUGUCGCUGCCAGUGCUGGCUCCACUGCCCCGGCUGCUGCUAGCGCUGCCCCUGCUUCCACAGAGGAGAAGAAGGAAGAGAAGAAAGAGGAGUCUGAGGAGUCCUGCGACGACAUGGGCUUUGGUCUCUUUGACGAAGCACCCCCUGAUCCUAGAGCGAAUAAACCUUUUAUUUAA